CCAAUAAACCAGCCUUGCACACAUUACCAACCAAAACAAGGAAACGACCUGAAAAUUAUUGAUCAAGUAUUUGACAUUUAGCUAGAUGUGAUUUGAUUGACAGAAACUGGCAGUAAUUACCAGCUGAUCCUGAAGUUAUUUUCUACUGAUUUAAAGUUGGUUGGCAAGAUGUAUCUGAAGGAAUAUAGAAUUUGCAUGCCACUUUCAGUGGAGGAGUAUCGUAUAGGACAGUUGUUUAUGAUAGCCAAACACAGUCAUGAGCAAAGUCAGAAAGGUGAAGGUGUUGAGGUUGUGACAAAUGAACCAUGUGAGCAUCCGGAAUAUGGGAAGGGCCAGUUUACAGAGAAAAGAAUACAUUUAUCAAGCAAAUUACCAGGUUGGAUCCGAUCCUUGAUACCAGCCAUAUUUUACAUCACAGAAAAGGCUUGGAAUUAUUAUCCUCACACCAUUACAGAAUAUACUUGUUCAUUCAUUCCAAGAUUUGUCAUCAAUAUAUCAACAAAAUACGAAAAUAAUAAUGGGUCCACAGAAAAUUGUUUAGAUUUAACAGAAGAAGAGUUGAGUGUACGUGAAGUAGAUUUUAUAGAUAUAGUAAAUGAUCCAAUAGAUGAGAGCAAGUAUAAGAAAGAAGAGGAUCUCACAAAGUUCAAAUCAAGUAAAACGGGUAGAGGACCUCUAGGAAAAGACUGGAGGGAUACCUCCAAACCAAUAAUGUGUUCAUACAAGGUUGUCCGUUGUUAUUUUGAAGUCUGGGGUUUCCAGACUAAAGUAGAAGGAUAUGCACAAAAGGCAUGUAGAGAUAUAAACCUUCUUGGUCACAGACAAGCUAUAUCAUGGUUAGAUGAAUGGAUAGAUAUGUCUCUAGAUGAUAUACGAUUGUACGAGGGAAAAAUGCAGAAAGAGACCAACGAGAAAGUCAUGCAGGAAAUCGGUGAAAUCCCACAAGCUGAAGAAAUCAAAAUACAAUAGUGUAAACUUAUAGUUUCCCACUGGCAGCCAGUUGCUAAAGUCUGUUUUUAAAUUAAUACAACUAUUUUUGACUUUGACGAAUUGUUAUAGUCUGUUCUUAGAAACACCACGUUGUUGUUCAAUCAAAACCAUAAUAUUUCUUAAGUUUCUCAGGUUAUUUGAUGUGUAAGAUAUAAGAUUUUGUAAAAUGUAUAUUUGCAGAGAGUUUAAGAUUUAAACAGCUGAUGAGUGAAACAAAGAAAUGGUUUUCAUGCUGAAGGCAUAUUGAAGUAGAGCCGAUAAAUUCCAGGAUUUAGCUUAAAUAGAUAUCAUAUUCGUAUUUGAUUUUGCGGAUACUUCAUGUGGCAGUUUUCAAAAUUCUGAUUUAUUGACACUGAUCAGUUUUGGCACUCAAGUACAAAACCCGGCAAGAUAUAAAUGUUUAACCUGUCUGAAUGUCAUUGAAUAAUAGAUUAAGUUUAAAGGCAUAGUCUAGAAUUACUUGUAUAUGAGAUGGGCGAAAUUUUAGCCAAUAAUAGAAUUUCUUCAAACUUUUGAUAUUGAAGGAACAAAAAUAUGCAAUAAAAGUCAUAGGUCACUGGUAUUGAAAAAGAGUUAUCAUUAUAUUAAAUAGUUACCUGUUUUUGAUCUCCAGGUACUUUCUCUUGGUCCUGAGAAGUGACAUGUACAUUUCAUAUCUGGUUCUUGACAUCAUUCUAAUGUGGGUUGUCACAUUAAAAAGUUCAUCAACAGCGAUUAUUUCUUUUAUUGUGGCAGAAUGAAAGAACAAAUUUAUAUUAUUUAUAAGUGUACAUGCAUAUGUAAUAAAAAGAUAGUUAGCUUUGCAUGGAGAAUUGCAUAUUGAGUCUCAUUAUUUUGGAAAAUAUUGCAUUCCCAAAGUCAAGCAAUAUUUUGUCUGCAGAACUUGUGCAUAUUUCUUGACCAUACAUAAAGUAAAUAAAAAUAAUGUUAAAAAUUGGAAUAACAAUUUGCUAAUAAAAUUUAGCUGGAGAAAUGAAAACAUUUACAUGGUUAAAUAUUUUUGUCUGUUUUCUCAGUUGUGUUGUUAUUUUUCCAGAUAAAUUCUUAUUUUGGUAUGUGUGUUAUGACUUUAAGUUAAAAUUGAUUGUAGCCCGCCCGCUUAGCUCAGUAGGGAGAGCAUUGGUCUACAGAUCGCGAGUUAGAUCCCUGGGUGGGGCAUAUGUUCUCCGUGACGAUUUGAUAAAAGACGUUGUGUCUGAAAUCAUUCGUCCUACACCUCUGAUAAUUCAUGUGGGGAAGUUGGCAGUUACUUGCGGAGAACAGGUUUGUACUGGUACAGAAUCCAGGAACACUGGUUAGGUUAACUGCCCGCCGUUACAUGACUGAAAUACUGUUGAAAAACGGCGUUAAAACCAAAACAAACAAACAAACAAAUAAAAUUGAUUGUAUCAUUAACAGAUGGAUGUGCUCUUGAUAGAUGCUUGUUUAGAGAUAUAAUAAUUGACAUAUUCGAAUAUGAAAUACAGCCUCUCUGUGAAAUGUAAGUAGGUUCACAUCCUACAUGUGGAAUUAGUCCCAAAAUUGCUUAAAGCAUCAUAAGAUCAAAAUAUAGUUAAAACUCACAUAUCUAGUCCAUGUUACAUUUAACUGAAAAAUGGAUCUGAUUAAGUGCUCAAUUAUUUAUUUGAAGUCAGUAUUUAUGUAUAAUAAAAUAUUUAACCUCUCUGUAGGGUGUGUAAUGAAUGCUUACCUUUUAGAUACUAAGUAAGAUCAUAAAAACAAUUGGAACUUAUUCUCUGAUACACAGUUGUUCUUGAAGGUACUUUAGAAUCAAAUGAAUUUUGUUUUUAAAGAUAAUCCAGUAGUAAAGGAAAAAAUGGAAAUCUGAUUGAAAACCAUCAAGUCAAAAAGGGUAGUUUCACUUCUACUUUAAGCAGAACUGGACAUCAUGUUAUGACGCCCUGGUAUAUUAAUGAUAUUUGAUUUACAAUUUCUUUGAAAAUCUUGCAAUAAUAUUAAUGGUAGACAAGAAAAAAGAAUCUAACAUAUCCGUUUGAGUAAGGCAGGUGUUUUCCUAACCCUUGGAACAGCAUAGAUAAAAAAUAUCACUAGCACUUGUUUUUCCAUUCCAUGCUGUCAGUUUGUGGAAGCACUCUCUUUCACAGGAAAGCAUGUAAGAUCUUCAUUUUCAGACUAGGUGGUUAAUUUAAAUGACAUUCUAAUAUGCUUGUUUCUGUUAAAAUACGCUUACGCUUAAAUUACGUCAUGUUAACCUGCGAUGAGGUCAAUGUUUUUGUCGUGGCCAAGAAAGAACGCCAAUUUAUUUUAUGUUUUUCGGUGGUUUAUCGAAAUAUAACGGUGAAUUAUAUCCUGAUAAACUCACUGGCCACUCAGUGAAAAUUAUCAAAUCUGAUACCCGGAUUAACGUCAAAAAGUUUACCGAGCGUACUGAAAGCCGGAAACAAUAUGACGAUGACGUCGUUAAAAUGACGUCAUCUUUGCGAUGCUUCCUGAUAAAAUUUCCCGCAAAUUUCGACAUUUUAUUGAAAUAAACACAACAAAAGUAGAGUUUUAGACAUAAAAUAAACAGAAAAAUUGUUGGUAUCGAUGUAAUAUCACGGUAAUUUCACUCGUGAACACCAAAAGUUGUUAUUUUGGUGCCCACUCGGUGAAAUUAUAACGUGAUAUUACACCGAAACCAACAAUUAUCCUCUAUAUAUUUUUCUACUGUUUUAGAUAAAAGGCAUAUUAGAAUCAAAACAGUAUAUAGAAAAUUGGUGUUUUACUUAAAUUAAUACACUAUGCCCUCGUGAAAGUAUUCCGCAGACAUAUAACCUGUUUUCGUGUAUUAAUAUCAUUAAAACAUGGUCUUUCUAUACAUUAUUUCUUAAUUUUGUAAUGAUAUAGAUGUGCAAAUAAUCAGAUUUCACAAUACUCAUAUUAUGUACCGGUAAACUGCUAUAAAUGUGUUAAUUUGGUGAAAUUUGUAUUUUAUGCAUUUAUUUAUUUUACUUAAAGAUUCAGGCAUAUCAUGUUUAUAUGACUGUUGUGAAAACAACAAUGUUGUUUGAGACUAGAAGGAAUAUACAUAAACCUUACCAUGCUAAAUUUCUAUAAUGAAUUUGUCCAUCUUCCAAUUUGGACAGUACCAUUAAAGGGGUGCUUACCAAACAGAUACCGACUGAAUAGCGAACAGUGCAGAUCAUGAUCAGACUGCGCGGCUGAUCAUGAUCUACACUGGUCUCAAAGGCAGAACCAAUCGUGUCCAGCAUGGUAAGGUUUAAAGAAAUGCUACAGCUUUUAUUCUCUUGCAGUAGAAAUGAGGGAGAUAAUGCAUUUAAUUUAUCAUGUAUUUCUGAUGGACAGUCCAUCCAUCAAGUGGUAGCUAAUAUCAGGCUUUACAGUGAAUUUCACAUGAGUAAUGUCCGUUUAUAUUAAAUCUGUAAUUUAUGGAAUGUUUGAGUUAACCCUUAUUUUUUAACUCGGAAUUUCUGUUGUAUAGACUGGUGCCAUGCAGUCUUUCAAGAAUGUGGCAUCUUGACCAUGCUGUAAUAUAGUCAAACUUUGUUCUCUUGAUCGAGACUGAACCGGCAAAGUUUGUUAGAGUUAUCACUUGUUUGAGCCAUCAAACAAUUCACAUUAACGGUAUUUAGGGACGUUGCCGGGACCUGACGAGGAGUUUGAGCAAGGGGUGGUGCUCGAAUUAUCUGAGUUUGAGUGAACAAAGUUUGACUGUAUUGAGAAAUAUGGAAAGAGAUCAGUCUACCUGACACAGAUCCCUUAUCAUAAUGUUGAUUUAAUAUCAAAUCAGGCUUAUUUUUCAAUGCGUUGAAAAAAUUAGUGUACCCAGAUGCUAAUUCCCAUUGCUUGUCAUUAUUCGACAAGUAAAAUAUCAGUAUAUCUUUUUAUUCUGGGUGCUUAAGGUAAGUUGAAGUUAUAACAAGAUAUCUGUGUGGGAAAUUAGCUGACUUGCUGUUGCAAAUGGCUGCUCAAUAAAGUUAGCCACAAAGACAAGUUUAGCUGUAUAUUGGCUUUCCUAGUACAAACAUUGUAUGUUUUACAUGUAAGAUUCGUGGCUAAGUCAGUAAUGAAACUACUGUAUUGUAUCUGAUAUUUCCCCCAGUGAAAGGUACUUUAGUCUUGAAACAAACUAAUAUCCUCUUUAUUUUCUGACAAAUCAUUAUUGAUAUAUGACUGUCAUGUUAGAAAGGGUCUUCUAUCUGAAUUUUUUAACAUUAGGCUUUUGAAAAUUUUAAAAACAUUAUCUAGUGGUCAGUUAGAAAAGUUGGUGAUCGCCUAAUAGUAAAACUGAAAAUGCACGAAAAAUAAUAUUUUUGCAUAAAACAGCUGUUCAAAAGAUGUUUUAAAAGGCAAGUAAACAUGAGUUAACAAGAUCAUAUCCUGUUGAGACCCCUUUAUAUAUUUGUAUGUGCUUCAUGGUAAAAUUAUAACAGAACUGCAUAAUUAAAACAACUUAAUGAAACAACUUAACAAAUGAACACUUAUCCACAUAAUACUCAUUUACAUAUUUUAUGCAUAAACAGCAAUUCUUGUAAUAGCAUCUGCAUAAUCCCUCAGGAUAUGUUUGUGCCUAGGUUCUAACUGGUUUAGUUGCCACUCAUUCCCUCGGGAUUCUGCAGAUGUUAUAACAACAUGUUUUUUCCAUACAUAAAAAAGAUUCUAUAGAAGUCCUCAAUACAUCACAUUUAAGAUGGUCAAUUUUUGCUGACAGUUUGUAUAUACAUGUUUGUUAAAGUCUGGUUUUAAGGUUAUAAAGUUGAGUUUGGAGACCAAUGUCCAUAUGUAGCUUUGCCAUUGGUCAGUUUGAAUAUUGAGUUCAAAAUUAGCCAGUCAAAUGCUUGAAUUUACAGACUGGUCUCCAUAUUGAGAUUUAGAAUGUUGGACCUUGGUUUACACUUUUGUAUUGGCCUAUACUGGUACUUUUUGUUAGUUUUAUUAUACAUAGUAAUUAUUGUUUUAAGUGUUUGCUGAACAAAUUUAUAUAUGCUGUUUACAUUCCCCUCCUAUCCAUAACCCUGUUAUCAUUUUAUGUUAAAAUUUAAUAUUUUUUACAUUUUAUGUAUAGAAUUUAUGCUCAUUUUAAGACUACCUGCUUUGAAGUGAAUUGAUCUAAGUACUAUAAAUGCUUGUUUAAACAGUUUUCGGAAAAUUAUUGCUUUUCUUGCUGUAGUAACUGGUGAAUAUAUGUUAUACCAUAUAUUCCCCUAUAAAUGCCCCUGGAGGUGUAACAUUUAGCAAAUGUAGGGAUGGUGGUGUUUUAUUUUUUUGUUUUUAGCUCGACUGUUUAAAGAAUAAUCUGAGCUGUUCUACUCACCCUGGCACCAGUGUCUGCAUCACACCUUGGUUAAAGUUUUGCAUGCAAGUACAUAUAGUUAUCAUUUAAAGGCAAAUAGCCUUUUUAGCUCACCAGUCACAAAGUGACAAGGUGAGCUUUUGUAAUCGCGCGUUGUCUGUCCGUCCGUGCGUGCGUCUGUAAACUUUUGCUUGUGACCACUCUAGAGGUCACAUUUUUCAUGGGAUCUUUAUGAAAGUUGGUCAGAAUAUUCACCUUGAUGAUAUCUAGGUCAAGUUUGAAAAUGGGUCACGUGCAAUUAAAAACUAGGGCAGUAGGUCUAAAAAUAGAAAAACCUUGUGGCCUCUCUAGAGGCCAUAUUUUUCAUGAGAUCUUCAUGAAAAUUGGUCUGAAUGUUCAUCUUGAUGAUAUCUAGGUCAAGUAUAAAACUGGGUCAUGUCCGGUCCAAAACUAGGUCAUUAUGUCAAAUAAUAGAAAAACCUUGUGACCUCUGUAGAGGUCGUAUUUUUCAUGGGAUCUGCAUGAAAAUUGGUCAAAAUGUUCAUCUUGAUGAUAUCUAGGUCAAGUUUGAAACUGGGUCAACUGCAGUCAAAAACUAGGUCAGUAGGUCAAAUAAUAGAAAAUCCUUGUAACCUCUCUAGAGGUCAUAUUUUUCAUGGGAUCUGCAUGAAAAUUGGUCAGAAUGUUCAUCUUGAUGAUAUCUAGGUCAAGUUCGAAACUGGGUCACGUCCGGUCCAAAACUAGGUCAGUAGGUCAAAUAAUAGAAAAACCUUUUGACCUCUGUAGAGGCCAUAUUUUUCAUGGGAUCUGCAUGAAAAUUGGUCAGAAUGUUCAUCUUGAUGAUAUCUAGUUCAGAUUUGAAACUGGGUCAACUGCGGUUCAAAACUAGGUCAGUAGGUCUAAAAAUAGAAAAUCCUUUUGACCUCCCUAGAGGCCAUAUUUCUCAAUGGAUCUUCAUGAAAAUUGGUCAGAAUGUUCACCUUGAUGAUAUCUAAGUCAAGUUUGAAACUGGGUCACGUGCAGUCUAAAUAAUAUGAAAACUUUGUGACCUCUCUAGAGGUCAUAUUUUUCAUGGGAUCUGCAUGAAAAUCGGUCAAAAUGUUCAUCUUGAUGAUAUCUAGGUCAAGUUCGAAACUGGGUGAUGUGCGGUCAAAAAUUAGGUCAGUAGGUCAAAUAAUAGAAAAACCUUGUGACCUCUGUAGAGGCCAUAUUUUUCAUGGGAUCUGCAUGAAAAUUGGUCAGAAUGUUCAUUUUGAUGAUAUCUAGGUCAAGUUUGAAACUGGGUCACAUGCGGUCAAAAACUAGGUCAGUAGGUCAAAUAAUAGAAAAACCUUGUGACCACUCUAGAGGCCAUAUUUUUCAUGGGAUCAGUAUGAAAGUUAGUCUGAAUGUUCAUCUUGAUGAUAUCAAGGUGAAGUUUGAAACCGGGUCAGCUGUGGUCAAAAACUAGGUCACUAGGUCUAAACAUAGAAAAACCUUUUGACCUCUUUAGAGGCCAUAUUUUUAAAUGGAUCUUCAUGAAAAUUGGUGAGAAUGUUCACCAUGAUGAUAUAUAGGUCAAGUUUGAAACUGGAUCAUGUGCGGUCAAAAACUAGGUCAGUAGGUCUAAAAAAAGAAAAACCUUUUGACCUCUCUGAAGGCCAUAUUUUUCAUGAGAUCUUCAUGAAAAUUGGUGAGAAUGUUCACCUUGAUGAUAUCUAGGUCAAGUACAAAACUGGGUCACAUGCCUUCAAAAACUAGGUCAUUAUGUCAAAUAAUAGAAAAACCUUGUGACCUCUCUAGAGGCCAUAUUUUUCAAUGGAUCUUCAUGAAAAUUGGUCAGAAUUUUUAUCUUGAUGAUAUGUAGGUCAAGUUCAGAAUUAGGUCACAUGAGCUCAAAAACUAGGUCACUAUGUCAAAUAAUGGAAAAAACGGCGUCAUACUCAGUUCAUGUGGGGACAGGUGAGCGAUUCAGGACCAUCAUGAUCCUCUUGUUUUUUCUUUUUCUAGGACAUUUACCAACCUCACUGGGUCAAGUCCCAUAACUCUGACAUGUAAUUUGGCCAAAUUAUGCCCGCUUUUGGACUUAGAAAAUCCUGGUUUAAGUUUUACAUGCAAGUUACUUUCUCCAAAAUUAAUGGAUUAAAACUCUGUAGAUAUUUUAACAUUUAUGGUAAUAUUCCUGCUUCUUGGACAACAAUUCAAAUAUUUGAGCAUUGGCUGUCUUACAGACAGCUCUCGUUAUAUUUGUAUUUAGUGGAUAGGUUGGCAAGUACAGGCGUGUGUAAAGACAUUUCUGGAGAUAGUCAAAAAGUGAUCUGCAUCUGUGAAAAAUGAUAAUCAGCAGUAAUCAAGAAUUCACAAGAGUUCAUGAUAAUAAGAAACACAUACAAAAAAUUAUUAAGAUACACAGUAUAUUGAGUAAAAUAAAGAGACCCACAAUAUUUUGGGUUAUCAUGGAAAACAGCAGUAAUUAGAAAAGAAAAGAUGAAAUUUUUGAAUAUCUAUCAGGAAAAUAAAAAAAAAAGUACAGACAUUAAAGUGUCUGAAAAAGAUUUUCAUUUUACAGUGCCAUCUCUUAUAUAUAGUAGUAGAAAUUAUGCAAUUUGUAAUAAAUUAAAUUCAGUUAAAUGUUUUGUUAUCCCCCACAUUAGGUGGAGGGAUAUAGUUUCGGCAUUGUCCGUCCAUUUGUCCCAUAACAUGGUAGAAAUGUUAAUUGCUGUAAGCAAAUGCCACACUGCAAGUUUCGGCCAGAUUGCCUGAGUAAAACAAGACUUGUGUCGUUUUGUACAUGUAUAUUUAUUACAUGCAUUGUGUUUUUAUUCCAAUUUCUGUCUGUCUGGAGUCAUAUCUCAGACACCAUUUGAUAAAAUGUGGUAGAAAUUUUAACUGCUAUAGGGCAGUGCAGCCCCUGCAAGUUUCAUUCAGAUUAGUUGAGGAAGAUUUAUGGCCCUUUGUUAUUAUAUAUAUGGUACAUAUAUAGUGUUUUUGUCCGUCCGGAGUCAUAUCUCAGAACUGAUAGGAUUUCAAUAAAAAAAUGAUAGAAAUGUUAAUACUGCUAUGAUGAAAUGCUGCCCUGCAAUUUUCAGUUGGAUUGCUUGAGAAAGACGAGAUUGAUGGUCCUUUUUACAUACAUAUAAAGUAAGUAAAUAGUUACUUGUCUGUCUGUUCGUAGUCAUAUCUCGGACAUGGUUUAAUGGAUUGCAUUAACACAUGGUAGAAAUGUUAACUGCUAUAGGGAAAUGUGGCCCUACAAGUUUCAGACAGAUUGCUAAUAAAGUAAGAUAUAUGGUCCUUUGUACUUAAUAUGUAUAGUCUGCCAAUAUCUGAGGAAAAUGUGACUUAUGAUGGCAUUUUUUGUUAAUGCUCGGAUAUUAUUAUAAAAGUGUUCCUUAGGAUCAAACAUUAAAUUUAAAAGGGGCUGUCGCCUUAUGGGGUUCCUCAUUACAGUAUAAUGGGGUCAAAGGUCAAAUGAGUGCAUUUACAGAUAAACUAUACUGCUGUUCACUCGUUUUAUUUUUAUAAAACAUCUAAAUUGGUUUAAAUAUUGUUUUUCAACGCUCUUUAGUAUUUUGUAAAUAGAACUGAUGAUAAUAUUAAAAAUAUAUAUACAUAAUAUAUAUAUAUAUAUAUAUUAUAUAUAGAAUAAUAUAUAUCUAGGAAAAGUGGCAUACGAUGGCAAAGUGUGUUAUACUUGACAUGUUUGCCAAUCUAAUAUGUAGAUCAACUGCAAAAUAUUUUUGGUACUGUCGUAUCCAAGGGUUAUUUUAAUGUAAUUUCAAGGUCACAGACAUGUCAAGGUCAAAAAUGAACUUUUGAAAAUGACUUCUAAGGUACUAAAGGAAGCAAAAUAGUGCAUUUAUUAAUAAUCAACUCAACAACUUUUCUAACUCCACACCUGAUUUUUUUUUUCUUUUGUCGCCAAAUUUUGACAGAUUUGAAUGAUGUUCUACACAAUGUUUAAUGAUUAUUUUAUUAUAAUAAAACAUAAAAACGAUCAUAGCCUGAAUUAUAUUCAUUUAACCGUAAGGUUAACAUUCUGUGACGUUUUAUUUUUAGGGUACCUUAUUUGAACUGUCAUAUGGCUCAAUGAAUGUACGCACAGUUGAUAUCGCUGUUACGUUUGUUUAACUGAACUGGUCAUUAAACAAUGUGUCCAAUUUUCAUUCAAAUCUGUCAAAAUUUGGCAAAGAUAAAAACAAAAGUCAGGUAGCAAUAAAAUUUGAAUUUUAGCUUUGAACUGACUAUCAAAAGAUUAUUUACAUACUGUACACAUUUUGAUAAAUGUGUGCGAAAGGAAAAAUGUGGUUGGUUUUGAGGAGGAAGACUACAACGAAAAUGAAUUACAUAUAAAUAUAUAUAAAAAAUUCUCACAUAAACAGUUAAAAUCACUUUACUGUCAUGAAUACAACCAAGUAUUUUAGCUCAAUAAGGAGAGCGCAGAUCUAAGGAUCGCGGGGUUGUAAGUUUGAUCCCAAGGAGAGGUGUAUGUUUUCCAUGAUGAUUUGAUAAUAGACAUUGUAAGGAGUAAUUGCGUCCUCCACUUCUGAAUCAUAUGGAAAAGUUGGCAGUUACUUGCGGGGAAAAGGCUAAUACUUGUAGAGACUCCAGAAAUACUGAUUAGGUUAAUUGACCGCCGUUACAUGAUUGAGGUACUGUUGAAAGUAACAUUUACAUAUAUGGAAUGCUUCUCCAGCUUCUAAAGUAAUCAUUUCAAUACUGGUGAUAAUUCAUUAUAUGAUAUAUAUUUAUGUUAAUUUGUCCACGCGGUGAUUGUUAAAUAGGACCAUUUUAGAGGAAUAACUGAAAUAUAGGUCACAAUACACAGAACAUGUACGGUAAUAAACAAAACAGAACAGAUCUGUAGGAAUUCAACUAGUUACUCUAUACACCAUGUCUUUCAUUUGCUGUAAUUUGUUUCCUUUUUUACUAACAGUCAGACAUUUAUCAUCAUAUUUUAUGUAUUUGUAAUUUAAUAAAGUAGAACAUUUCAAGAACUAUCAACGAAGCUUUUAAUGCGAUAUUUGCAUUAUUUUAUUCUAAAAAUUCAGCACGCUAUUUCUUUUUUGAAUCUUAUAAUUUUUGGCUUUGCUUCCACACGCUCACUUCCUGUUCAAAACAACAGUUGAAAACGAAUCAGAUCAUAACAAUUUACACUCUGACACUUGGUUUCAGACAGGAUGUCUUUGAUUACAUUGUGAAAAGAAAGCUAGUAUCUUGACAAUGAAACAUUAGUCAUUCAUAUGUUUUACAAAUUAAAAUGUAAAAAUAUAGAUAUAAAAAACAUCAGAAAGGUUGCUUUAGAUUUAUUAUAAUAGUAACAUUAAGGCAGAUUCAGCGAAAUAUUGAAAAUAUACCUUUCGAUAUCUUCAUGAUUACUGACAGAUGAUCGUUCAGCUAAUCAAAAUGAUGAAUUAUGGCCGUUCGAUAGUAACUUAGAGAUAUACAAUGUGUAAAAAUAACUUUCUUCAUGAUGAGAAGACUGAGCAUGAAGAAGAGAUUUGAAAUUCAAAACGAUGGAUUUAUAAUAAACAAAUACUGUCGAUUGAAUAUGUCAGGCUAAGACGUUUAUAGCUUGUGCUCACAUUUGUUUCAUUUUAUAACAUCAGAUUCCUUUGUGAUACACUGGUAAGUUUGCUCUACCCGGUUCUAUUACCAACCAAAUACUUGGAAAUCUAAAGGCGUUGUAACAGGCAAACAAACAUGCUUACCCCUAUAUUCACAGUCAUAAAGAUAAUACUAAUAAUAUUCGAUAUACUUUCAAAUUCACUGACAAUUAUUAAGCCUUUUUUUGAGUGUGACAUUGAUAGAACCAAUAUAAACACUGGUAGUUACAAAAUUGUAGAUAUUGAAAACACUUGAAGAGCGGUUACCAGUCCUUAUAAUAGCCUAAUGUUAAUGUGCAAAGAAAUAUUUUUUAGCUGAUUCAAAAAUAUGAUGAGUACAAUUUUCAUGCUAAUGAAAUGAAAAUAAAAACAACAUAACAUUUGCGGUUAUCUAAUAUCUAUAUUCAACCUUUGAUAUCGCUUACUUUUUGUACAUAGAUGGUAUUUCUAAAUGACCACGCAUUCCUGAAAUUACUACAUCACAUGCGUAAACCACUGGAAUAGAUUUUUAAUUGACAGGAUAGACCAUUUUAGGUAAUGCUUGAGAGAAUUUGCACAUUUCAUACUAUCUCACAAACAGACUUAAUCAAACUGAGUUUGCUAUUUUACGUUCUUGAGUUCUAUGCUUCAGAAAGAAUCUUUAGAUCUGUCAAUAGUUAUUACAGUCAAACUAUGUUCGCUAGUGCUCGAAGGGACAAGCAAAAUGUGUUCGAGAUAUCAGUAGUACAAGCCAACGUGAAGUACACAUUAUAUAGACCUGACAAUGAGUUCGAGCCAAGAGUAGUACGCGAAUAAUCCUAAUUCGAGCAAACGAAGUUUAACUGUACCAGUCUUAUAAUAUGCGCCAUAGAAUUUUUCUACCUGUACUGUUCAUACAGACAAUCAUAUAGGCAAUCAAAUAGCCUUUUUAAAAAGUGUUAGCCUGAAAAUGGAAGUUUUAGAAUAUCAAACAUGAAAAAGAUAGCUUUUAUAAAUGAACAAAAUAUCAGAGCGUACGAAAAAUUAAGCUCAUUCUAUAGAAAUAACUCUAGUCGUUUUGAAUUUUGCCAGUCUCAAAUGCAAUAAAUCUACACGAAGUAAUUUAUUUACUUCUAAAAUUCAUAAUUAUCACCGAAAAAUUACAAGUUUAUAUUAAAAGGUAGCAAAAAUGGCGAAAAUCUGACGUUUAUAACAAAUAUGCACUUAUUGACCUUUGACCUUUUGCUGUGACCUUACUAUGACCCUUAGAAGGCGACAGCCCCCCUGAAACUUUUCCAAUUUUUAUAAAGUUAUCAAUGAACAUGGCUGUCGGGCAUUAACAAAAAAAUGCCAUCAAAGGCAAUUUCUAGGCCACUUUUCUGGAUAUAUAGGCAGACUAGUAUGAUUACAUAGUGUUUUGAUUUAUUAUUUAGUAAGGAAUGAGUAGCUUUCAAAGAGACAGUAAUUCAGUUGCGUUUUAAAUGCUUUUUAUAGGCACAGAAUAUUUUUUUAAGGUGAAACAUUUAUCCCAUUUGGCAGGUGAUACUAAUUCACUGAAUUUGCUUGUUAAAAUCAUGUAUAAGGAUUUUUCCAUUGAAUUGGUCUUAUCCUAAGGUUAGACUUUGUUUUUUUUGUGAUCAUGUUAUACUGUUGGUUUUGUAUAUACAGAAUUUAUUAAACCAUUUACAAUAAAAUCCAUAUCAUCGAUUUUGCAUAAUGUUAAGAAUUCCUACCUGAUGGGUUUUUUUUACAGAAUCCAAACAUCUACUUUGAGAAGUUUGGUUUUGCUGUAAUACAUUAUACCUAUAGUUCCAUUCUGUGUAAAAAUUGUUGUUUUGUUUAUUCCUGUAUUUUCAACCCACUUUGUAAAAAAUGACUUUUUUAUGUUCUCACUAUUUAAGGUGGUUUUGCAUGUUUGUUUAACCAGAAUCAACAAGGUGAAGUCAUUUAUCCAGAAAAUUUAAAAUCAAGUCUGAUAGCUAUUAAACAGGUAGCAUUUAUUUUACUGGGAAUUUAUGUUAAACAGUCAGUGCUUCUGACUCUCUGAUGGCUAAUUUUGACAACAUAAUGGUUUUUAUGUAAAAUAAUUCAAAAUAAUAACAUUAAAUUAAAGCAGCAAUGCAAUGACUUCAAUUGAUAUUUUGCAAAUUAGAAAUUGUUAUUGUUCAAGGGGAACUGAUCACAUGGUUUCAUAAAACACAAGAAAGUCUUUAGAUCUUAUUUUUGUAGCCUCAAAUUCAUGUUACUACCAACACUUCAUUUGGUCUAAAACCAAGGAAAUUUUAUGUUCACAAAAUAUAAUGAUUUCUCUCAUUCUUAUUAAAUGGCUUGUCAGUCAGUAGUCAAAACUAUUGCCCAAGGUCAGAGAGUCAGCACUUUUCACUAUUGACCAGCAUGCCAUUCAAAUGUUUUAUAACGUAACAUCGUAAAUUAAUUUUCACAUCUUUGCUUUAUUUUAUUUGAAAUUGUUAGCCCAGAAGACGUGUGUUGAAUAUAGACUGGUCACAUAGCACAAACUAUGAAAAGGCAACUUAUAUAUGAGCCAUGCCAUGAGAAAACCAACAUAGUGGCUUUGCGACCAGCAUGGAUCCAUGCUGUUCGCUAACAGUUUCUCCAAUUCCAAUAGGCUUUAAAAGCGAACAGCAUGGAUCCUGACCAGACUGCUGGUCGCAAACCCACUAUGUUGGUUUACUCAUGGCGCGGCUCAUAUAAAGAUACACUACGCUUAAAAGAUUUCUAGGUACAUUAUUUAAAUCAGAUACUAUUUAAGAUUUAUUAUUGCAGGGAGAUAUCAAUUUUUUUUUGUUGCAUAUCAUCAUUAUUUAACAUUAAGCUUUUCUUGCACAUUGCUUGAUAAAUGUUUUGACCAAUAUUAGAAUCAGGAACUAUGUUAUAUCUUUUUCAAAAAUUCUCUGUGCAGUCAGGUUUUCUGAUCAUCUAAUUUUUUAACUUUGUUUAUAUUUAGUUAUUUCUGUUCAGUAUGUAGAAAUUUUAAGUGCUGAUGUGAAUUCGAAACUGGGGUCAGUGUCUUAAAGCUGCAUGCCUCCAGACUUAUGGCAAGCUGAAGCUUAAUCAUUGCAUUUUAAAGUGAGCCAUGCCAUGAGAAAACCAACAUAGCGGCUUUGCGACCAGCAUGGAUCCAGACCAGCCUACGCAUCCGCGCAGUCGGUCAGGAUCCAUGCUGUUCGCUUUCAAAGCCAAUAGCAAUUAGAGAUACGUGAUUUUAAAGAUUGUCCCACCGAAUGUGUUGAACAACCUUUUGAUAGCUAUGUUAUGCCAUGAAAUUAUCAAUGAUACAGGAAAAUGUUUCUUGAAUGUCAUGUGUUGAUUGUUGUCUUUUAAAAUAUAUGGAAAUAAAAACGUUUUUAUUUUA